AAUAUACAAAUAAAAAUCGACGCCGUUUUCAUACCACUAGCUAUAGGACAAUGGGCAACGAAACCGAAGCAAACAGGAAAAAUGGUUUCCCACGUAAUUUUGACCAAACUCCAACCCCUUUUACUUAAAGCUCUACAUUUUUAACCGCGAUAUAUAGCCACUCUCUUUUUGGUCUCCCUGUUUUUCUCUCCUUUCUCUUUCCGUUUCUCUGACAGAGCUGAAGAAAAAAGAAAAGAAAAAAAGAACAGCAAACCCAAAACUGUAGACUUUUCUCUUCUUACUGAGAAAGGAAGAUAAAAAGCAAAGAAGAAAAAGGCUUCGUUUUUUCAAAAGUAUUAUUGUUUUUAUUUUAUUUUGUUUGGUUCAAUUCUCUUUCGCCAUUUCCUUUCUGCAUGUAGAUGCUCUUUGGUAGCCCUAACUCGCCACUUCGACUCACUUCAACUUCUACCUGUUCCACUUUCUCAUGGCUAAUAACCCCAACGAGGCCCCCGCCGAUGAUUUCCUCGAGCAAAUCCUAGGACUUCCUAACUUCGCGUCAACCGAUACGGGCUUAGCGGGACCCGACGGUGGAUUGGCUGGAAACGCUCCUGCGUCUGGAGCGCCGAUGAUUCUACAGCUCAGUUCUGGUGAUGGAGCCGGGAAUCUCGGCGCAAUCGGCGGCGGGGGAGGCGGUGCGUAUCACGGACCGGUUUUUCCGCUGGGGUUAAGCUUGGAGCAAGGAAAAGGAGGGUUUGUGAAGCCCGAGGAAGCUUCCGGUAGCGGCAAGCGCUUUCGCAACGAGGUCGUUGAUGGAAGAACUUCUUAUGUUUUCCAUAGCCAACCAAUGCCGGCAACUGUUGUUGCAGCACCACAUCCACCAUCAAUGCGACCAAGAGUACGGGCUAGACGAGGACAGGCCACAGAUCCACACAGCAUUGCUGAACGGUUGCGCAGGGAGAGAAUUGCUGAAAGAAUCAGGGCACUGCAGGAACUUGUUCCUAGUGUUAACAAGACUGAUAGAGCAGCCAUGCUUGAUGAAAUUGUAGACUAUGUGAAGUUCCUGAGGCUCCAAGUUAAGGUUUUGAGCAUGAGUAGGUUGGGCGGAGCUGGUGCAGUGGCACCACUUGUAACAGACAUCCCAUUGUCAUCAAUUGAGGAUGAAAAUGGUGAGGGUGGAAGAAGCCAACCAGCAUGGGAAAAAUGGUCAAACGAUGGCACAGAGCGAGAGGUAGCUAAGCUUAUGGAAGAAAAUGUUGGAGCUGCCAUGCAAUUCCUUCAAUCAAAGGCGCUUUGCAUCAUGCCAAUCUCACUGGCCACGGCAAUUUACCACACACAACCACCAGAUACCUCCUCUAUUGUUAAGCCAGAAACAAAUCCUCCUUCAUAGACCUGAGAAAAAAUAAAUAAAAGGAUACGCAUCCCACAGUCCAUCCUGGGUCCCCACACUUUAUUUUUCCUAUUCUAACCCGCCACAAAAAUAAGUUUGUUUGCUUGCUUCAAAUUGCAAUCAAAGUCAGAUGCCAUAGCUCUUGCUUUUUGCCUUUCUUUCCAGCUUUUUUUCAAAGCAGGGUUUGAUGUCAAUGCCCAAAAAAUGCAGGCAGGCCCUUGACAAGUAAAGGGGAAGAAUUGUCAAAGCUAACUCGAUAUGCUCUUCUUUUGUGUCAAUGGUGGGGGUAGUGGACAAUGAUGGAAGCACAUUUGUAGUGGGGCUCUGAUUUUUGGUUAGUGGGUUGUGGACCUGCAAAAAGAGAUGGAUGAGUAUAUAUAAAUUAUAUUAUUAUUAAUUAUUGUAACAGUAUAUUUUCAGAGCAAAGGGAAUUCAGAAGUAGAAGAGCGGAUGAUGGUUGGCUAUUCUAAAAUGCUUCUUGUAAUAAUCCAACA